ACACCUCUCCACUCAGUGAUUCACUGGCUACCUAAGCAUCCACGACUGGAGGCAGGCAGUGAAAGAAAAGGUGAGCGAGAACUCACUAAGGAUCAGAAGUGGUUCAGCAGUAAAGCUGUCAUGAUGAGGUUUGGGUUUCUGCUGUUGGUGGCUGCGCACAUGCUGGACAGUGUGAGUGGCAUGUCCACUUGUAAGACCGUGGACUUGGAGAUAGUACGGCAAAAGCGUAUUGAGGCGAUUAGGAGCCAGAUUCUCAGCAAACUGCGCCUGCCGAAAGCACCUGACGUGGAUGAGGCUGGAGACAAAGAGGAGAUCCCCACCACGCUGAUAUCGCUCUACAACAGCACGAAGGACAUGCUGGAGGAGCAGCAGAUUGAAGUCCAGAGCACCGUCUCCCCAGAACAGGAGGAGGAGGAGUACUUUGCCAAGGUUCUAAACAAGUUCAACAUGACCAACAGGAGUCACACGGAGAGCUCCAAGACGAUGUUCUUCAGCAUCUCUGAGAUUCGGAGCAGCGUGGGGGACCCGGCCCUGCUCACGAGCGCAGAGCUGCGCAUGCUCAUCAAGCAGCCGAGGAUCAACAAGGAGCAGCGCGUGGAGCUGUACUACAGCGCAGGAGGCUCGGCUCGGUACCACGCCUCCCGCUUCGUCACCAACCUCCUGAAAGACACAUGGCUGUCCUUCGAUGUGACCGAACCCCUGCAGAAGUGGCUCAGUCAGGCAGAGGACGAGCAGAGCUUCCAGCUGCAUGUGUUCUGUGAGUGUGGCCAGCCCACCAGCACCUUCCAGUUUUCCAUCUCCGGGACGGACAACAAUCGCGGCGACACGGCGAUGAUGCGCUCCAUGACGGAGCAGCCGCCAUACAUCCUGACCAUGUCCAUCCCUCAGAACAUGAGCAGCCACCUCACCUCACGCAAGAAACGCUCCACAGCUGGACAGGAAACCUGCACGGCCCAAACGGAGACCUGCUGCGUGCGGAGCUUGUACAUCGACUUCAGGAAAGAUCUGGGCUGGAAGUGGAUCCAUAAGCCCUCAGGCUACCAUGCUAAUUAUUGCAUGGGCUCGUGCACCUACAUCUGGAACGCUGAAAACAAAUAUUCUCAGAUCCUGGCUCUUUACAAGCACCACAACCCGGGAGCGUCUGCCCAGCCGUGCUGCGUCCCCCAUACUCUGGAGCCGCUGCCAAUCCUCUACUACGUGGGCCGGCAACACAGGGUGGACCAGCUGUCCAAUAUGAUUGUGAAGUCCUGCAGGUGUGGCUAAAAAUACAACCAAGCGUCUUCUGGACACAACCGAAGUGGACGGUUGUCUACAGAGAGGAGCGUGACGAAGAGAAGGACAAAAUGGACCUUCAGCUUUUCUUAUGAUCACAGGAGAUGAAAACUAGGACCUUUUGAUGUUAGGGAAACGUUGUUAUGUACAUACUCCCUUUGUUGCAGUGAAAAACCAAACAUUUCUGCCGUAAAAUGAUCUAAUUUAUUUGUUCCAUGGACAGAGAGUAGAACCGUGUGAGUUUGACUCACAGGAAGAAAAUCACGUUUUAUCAGCAGAAACGUGGACACAAACAGACGAGGACCAAAAUAAAAAGCUCCCAGAGGAGCUCCUCGUUGAUCUCAGGUGGGAAGCUGCGGUCGUGUCGGGUUUUCCUGGAAGAAAGGGAUGCAGACGAUGCGUUCAGGUUACAUCGUAAAAAACAG